CGAGCACUUCCGGAGCUGUGGGGACAGCUCCGCCGGAGGAAGCAGCGCGGGCCCCGACCGGCGACGGUCCGCCGCCUCCGCUGCUGCCGGCCUUCUACUCUGGUCCGGCGGGACCUGGCCCGGCCCGCCCCGGCUCAGCGUCCGCUGGGCUGCGGCUCCCGGUAAGUACACGGCACGCGUCGAGGCCUUGUUUACCCGGGCGGGAAGGGGGGUUCUUCGCGCGCCUCCCGGGCUGGGCCGGGACUCCGCCUUCGCCGUCGCCUGCGAGGCCUUGGCGCCUCCCGCCCCUCGUACGUGGUCCGGACAUCCCCCCGCCGCUGGUCGAGGGGCCAGAGCGGAGCGGAAGGGCGGUAGGUGGCUGCUGCCGGAGCGGGCAAGCACCGGGCGUCUCUCCGCCCUUCCUCCUCCCGCCGUCGCCUCAUUUCUCGAAGAGGUCGGAGGCCAGCGGCUCUGCGAACUUGCGCCGGCGCAUCUGGGCCUUCCCCGCUGAUCGCGCCGGGGAAACGCGCCACCUCCGGGGGUCUUCAUUCAAGUCUUCAUUGGAGCUCUCUCAGAGCUGUCCGCGCGGAAUUUUAACGCCUCCCUGUAAAGGGUUCCCGUCUAGCGCGAGACCAAGAACUCCGCGCGGAUAUGUUGGAGACCGCGGCACCUCCGAGGGACAUGCGGACGGGAUCUGCGCCGCCGCCUCGAUCGACGCUGCCGGAUGGAAAUCAUAUGAUACUAAUUAUUUGGGUGAAGUCUUUCUAGCAGAUCUUCAAGAAUUGCAGAAGACAUAAACACUAAUGCGUUUGAGAAAGCGGUGAAGUCUGAGGGGAAGGGAAAGAAGCAACAUCUUUCCUAAUCUGGAACUCGGCUGUAUGCUAAGAUGUCUGUGGACAUGAAUAGCCAGGGAUCUGACAGCAAUGAAGAGGACUAUGACCCAAAUUGUGAGGAGGAAGAGGAAGAAGAGGAUGAGGACCCUGGGGACAUAGAGGACUAUUAUGUGGGAGUCGCCAGUGAUGUGGAGCAGCAGGGGGCCGAUGCCUUUGAUCCUGAGGAGUACCAGUUCACCUGCUUGACCUACAAGGAGUCAGAGGGUGCCCUCAAUGAGCACAUGACCAGCUUAGCCUCUGCGCUAAAGGUAUCUCAUUCAGUUGCUAAACUUAUAUUAGUUAAUUUCCACUGGCAAGUCUCAGAGAUAUUGGACAGACACAAAUCCAAUUCUGCUCAGCUGCUCGUUGAGGCUCGAGUUCAGCCCAACCCAUCAAAACAUGUCCCUGCAGCCCAUUCUCCUCACCACUGUGCAGUGUGUAUGCAGUUUGUGCGGAAGGAAAACCUACUUUCUCUAGCCUGUCAGCACCAGUUUUGCCGUAGCUGCUGGGAGCAGCACUGCUCAGUACUUGUCAAGGACGGCGUGGGCGUGGGGAUCUCUUGUAUGGCUCAGGACUGCCCACUCCGAACACCAGAGGAUUUUGUGUUUCCAUUGCUGCCCCAUGAAGAACUGAGAGACAAAUACAGGCGCUACCUCUUCAGGGACUAUGUGGAGAGUCAUUACCAGCUCCAGUUGUGCCCCGGUGCAGACUGCCCCAUGGUUAUCCAGGUACAGGAGCCCAGAGCUCGCCGAGUGCAGUGCAAUCGAUGCAAUGAGGUCUUCUGUUUCCAGUGUCGUCAGAUGUAUCACGCCCCCACAGACUGCGCCACGAUCCGGAAAUGGCUCACAAAGUGUGCAGAUGACUCUGAAACAGCCAACUACAUUAGUGCUCACACUAAAGACUGUCCCAAGUGCAACAUCUGCAUUGAGAAGAACGGAGGCUGCAAUCACAUGCAAUGCUCCAAGUGUAAACACGACUUCUGCUGGAUGUGUCUAGGAGACUGGAAGACCCAUGGCAGUGAGUACUAUGAGUGCAGUCGGUACAAGGAGAAUCCUGACAUUGUCAACCAGAGCCAGCAGGCCCAGGCUAGGGAGGCCCUCAAGAAGUACUUGUUCUACUUUGAGAGGUGGGAAAACCACAACAAGAGUUUGCAGUUGGAGGCACAGACAUACCAGCGGAUUCAUGAGAAGAUUCAGGAGAGGGUCAUGAACAACCUGGGGACGUGGAUUGACUGGCAGUACCUACAAAAUGCUGCCAAGCUUUUGGCCAAGUGUCGAUACACUUUGCAAUACACCUACCCGUAUGCAUACUACAUGGAGUCUGGUCCCCGGAAGAAGCUGGCCCUGCUGGCUACAGCCCCUCUCCUUUUGACCCUCCUGCUCUGCCCAUACAGUUUGAAUACCAGCAGGCUCAGCUGGAGGCAGAGAUCGAAAACCUGUCAUGGAAAGUGGAGCGUGCAGACAGCUAUGAUAGAGGGGACUUGGAGAACCAGAUGCACAUAGCGGAGCAGCGGAGGAGAACAUUGCUGAAGGAUUUCCAUGACACCUAGGUCGGGACAUGGAUAGGCCGGGGUGAGGAAGAUGUGGCGAGAGGUUCUCCCAGCUGCCACACUGCAUGCUGCAGGCUCUGCCUUUCAUGACCCCAGGCGACAGCCAGGGCCCCACUCCUGAGAGACACUGGCAACACACCUCUUAGUCAAUUUCUGUUUUCUUCUCAUCUUUUCGCUUUUCAUUUCUACCAGGUUAGAGGCCAUGUUGAAUUGGCCUCUUUUCAGGACUUUUAAUUCCCCCUGGUGGUUGUUGGGAGGGAGGGAGAGUUUUUUUUCUGAAUGGCUAUUAAUAGUAUUAGAUCAUUACAACUUAUGUAAUUCAAAGGUUGUAUGAUUAUACAAAAAGAGGCAAACAAACCAUAGAAUAACACAACCCUUUUUUAAAAUACAUUGGCAUUGGAGUGUUUUACCCUCUAGCUAUUUUACUUAGAACAAAACAUAAGCUGCCCACCCACCCUGCCUCAGAAAGUCUGUACUAAAUGAGAACCUCAGGCCGGCCUCUGCUUUCCAGAGUCACGUGUUUGGCCACAGCUGGAGUCCCAAGAGAUGAGCAUGAGUGUUAGAUGGUGGGGAGUUGAAUUGGCUUGUGCAGUGGGUGUGGAGCAUAGGUCAUAUAAUCCCUGGUCCUUAUAGACCCUUCUGUGAUCAGGGGCACCUGCCUUACCUUGGCAAUGAGGAGACAGGACAGGGUCUUCUUGCCAUGGAUGUCAUUGUCCCUGGUGGUGCUGCGUGUCUAUGGGCUUAUCUUUAUUCUUGAGAGUGAGGCUUACUUGAGCCUGGCUGCUGAGGGCAGAGACCACAGCAGAACACAGGUGUGCUCGUGGCUCUUGAUUAGGGGAUAUGGGUUCAGCACAAUGUUUCCUUUUGUCUCCUAAAGAGAGAGAUCCACUUUUGAAAGGAAUUGGUACUCAAAGUAAAUUUGUUUUAUCUGUUCCCUUCUUUUAUGCCAGUGUUCAAGUGGUAGUAACUGACUAGGGUCACACACAGUCAUACCUGGCACUGUCCAGCUGCUCUCUCCUCUGAUGAGCAUCACAGUCACGUUCAGCAUGGCCCUUCCAAGGACAUUGGCCUUCCUGGCUCAGGGGCCAGAUUUGCCCAGGUUGUUUUUGUGUUACCUGGAGUGCUCUUAGCAGCUGCCCUGGGGUUGGGGCGUACUCCCCUCACCUGGUUCCAGCUGUCGGAAGACACCCCUGCGAGGGUCUGGAAUUGAGUCUGAAGCCAAGAACCUUCUCAGUUUCUGGUUUCAGUACCUACCUAGAAGGGGCUCUUAGGAGGAGAGGGCUAGCUUUUGGGGCACAGUUGAGCAUAGAGAAGGAAGUGGUUCACCUGGUACCCUACCUGACCCGAACCUCAUCCUGCAGGCCUUUGAAAAGAUAGAUCUGUGAUCCCUGGGAUGUCUGUGCCUCCACUCUGAGGCCAGCAGAGCUGUCUAUGCUGAAGACAGGGCCUCUUUGAACUCCCGGGAGAGCUGAUAGGAAGAUCUGUGAAUAUGGUGUUGGAAAUACUUUGAUCUUCAUACAUUUUCACCUCUAGUCAGCAGUUUCCCAGGUACUUUUAAGCUGUGAAACUGAAGGAGACAGCUGUUACUGGGUGGGUGGGGGGCGUCAUGGGAUACUUGGCUGGCUGUAGGCUUCCUUUCUAGUCACUCAGGUUUUGUCUCUUCCUGUUGUCCUCAGCCCAGCAAAGGAGGAACUGUGGGAUGACGUGGGAGGAGUUAGGAGUGUGGCAAAUAAACCCAGAAUGGGGCAGUGGGGAGCUAAUUGUGAACAAGGAGAAUACCUGCUCUGUGAGCUGAGGGUGGGGGGUGUGAAUGCUGUGUUCACACAUGAAAGAUUCUGGAUCUGGAGCCUUUACCUCUCCUUGAGUCCUUUUGUGGCACUGCCAUGGCACAAGGACCUAAAUAAUGCCCUGGGCAUUUUUUGCACUGCACAGCUGCCAUGUUCCACACUUGCAUCCUGCUGUGGCCAUGACCACUGGAACUGCAGGAGGUUCUGUGCCAGACAUAGCCUGCAGUCUUUGACCUCUGGAGAGCUUCCUUCUGUGCCCCCAGUGGCUGUCCUUUGUUAACAUUGUCAGGAAAAUGGGAAAGGUGAGGCAGAAUUUUUCUGCCUUUCAAAGGAUAGAAGAGAAAGGAAGGCACAGUGUUUUCAUGAAUUUACCAUAUCUUUUUGCCUUUCUUCAAAAAAAAAGUUAAUUGAGGCAGUGUCAUCUGCUCAAAGUCGAGUGGUUUAUUCAAAAUAAAUUGUAAGUUUCUGAUUA